AUGUCAACUUCUCCAGAUAGUGGGAACCUCCAUGCCGCAUAUUGGGUAAUACUACGUCAGGAGGCACUUACUGCCUUUGCAAAACAACGCCCCUUUCGGAUUCCGCUGGGUCCGUGUUUGUCUUAUCGGUCUUUUGAGCCCGCAGAUGACUUUGUAUGGACGAACAGGCUUGUGAUUCACCUUGCCGAUGUGCUGCAGUUCUGCUUUGGGGUGGAUGAGAAGCUCUCAACUGCGGCCCAGCAAAGACUAUCCCCUCAGAAAACCACAUCGGAAUCAAGCACUGCCAACACGGAUAUGUCACUUUCUGAGCGUCUUGCUCGCUAUGACAAGCUAGUCGCUUUUGGUACAUACUGGGAAGAGCACAAGCCUCCUUCGUUCGUGCCGAUCUACGCUCGAGACCCAGACUGUUUACGCGGAGAGGUCUUUCCAGAAAUUUGGUUCCUUGGAAGCUGCCAUGCGAUUGGAAUCCAACAUUUGGAACUUGCGAGGAUCCUACUCACUGUCUAUAACCCGAAAGUUGUGCGCUUGGGAUUAAACCGGCAAGCAACAUUGCUUUCGAUUGAUCACGAAGUCAAAACGAUAGUAUUGAGACUCUGUGGCAUAGCUACCACACAUCGAAGUGUGGUUCCUGCACUUCUUACAGCAUGUAUAGCAAUUGCCAUGUGUGGGGAUCGCUUCACAGACCACUCACAGCAAGAGGCUCUUUUGAGUAUUUUAGUCGAGCUCGAAGAAGAGCAUGCAUGGCCGACAAAGGCUACACAGAUACAGCUGAAAGAUGCCUGGGGAUGGAAGGAUGGGUGA